UAACAUACACAGCACACAGAGAGCCAAACGUCGAAAUUAAUAUGCAUGAAAUAAAAAGCGACAAUGAUCAAACUAGUUUUCGAAUGAAACGAUUGGCCGCAUUGACCGAUCUUCAAGCAAACUCGGCAGCUGACGUCGUUGCCAUGCCCAAUUUUGAGUUGAACACACUUGGGCUAAUGCCUUAUUGAUUUAUAUACUUAUUGUUAGGCACAGAACUUUUGGCUGGAGUGCUCAAAGAAGUUCUAAAUAUACUUAUGCAUGGCGAACUAAACUUUUUGCUAUUUUCCUGUAGUUAUGUAUGUUAAAGCUUAUGGUAAGCUUAAGCAUGUAGAAGGUUUGCAUUUUGAAAUUUAUCUACGAGUUCUUUCACCUUAUUUUCAUUGUAAGUGGAGAACUAGCCAAUUAGUAGAACUAUCUUGCUUACCGACUAUUUAUUUUAAGUCUUUCAAGUUUGAUAAGAUGCAAAAUAUGCAAGUACAUUAAAUCGAAAACCAGAUAAAGCAUCAAAUUAUAGUUUUGCGAUUUCAAAAAUGCACAACUAAAAAAAAUGACAUAAAUUUGAUAUGAGAUAUGCAAGCAUUUGUUGUUUGACUGCGUCUUGGAUUAGUUUGCAAACUAAGUAUAAAAGUGUGCAUCCUGCAGACCAUCGAUAUUAUUCGUAUCAAACUCUUCAACAUGAAGUUCCUCAUCGUCUUCGUCGCCCUCUUCGCAGUUGCUGCCGCUUCUGAGGCUGAAAUUAUAAAAUUUACUUCCGACGUUGGACCUGAGAGCUUCAACUACGAGUAUGCGACCAGUGACAGCCAGUCUGCUAACGCCCAGGGACAAUUGCUAUACCCUAACACAGAUCACGAGUCCCUUUCUGUCCAGGGAGCCUACAAAUUCGUUGCUGAUGAUGGUGUCACCUACGAGGUUCGAUACAUCGCCGAUGAGAACGGAUUCCAGCCCCAAGGAGCUCAUCUGCCCGUUGCUCCCUAAGCCGUUCGAGGUGGAAUAUCAGGAUUAUAUUUAAUAUUGCUUUAAUUGCCUUAAACCCUUUUUGGCCGAUAGUUUGCAGUGAAGAAGAAAGACUAAAUAAACAAAAAUAA